AUGACCCAACGCACUAACAGGCACUGGAUCCUUCCCCAUGGACGAACCCCAGCCGCCAUUGGCUUGGAAUUAGCUUAUCAGCUCUUAGCAACAGCCCCAAAGUACCCAAGCUCCACUCGCUCAUGGACCGGACGGUCGCUACUAAUGCGCACAACAACGGGCGUCAGUUUGCCUUCGCCGGGCCGUAAGCACCACGACAAUUUGUGUUUCUGCUCUCGUAUUACUAAGAAGCUACUCUCUCCAGUUGUUCUGGAAGCACUCGAAGUUGCCCCGCGCUAUCGGCGCCGAGAUCGGCAGCGACAUACCGGGGUUGAGUGGCGCUGGCUGCCGGGCUGUGGGAUCACGGUCUUCCUUUCUAUCCAAGCUCUUUGCAAUCCGAGCAAGGUUCGAUGCCCAUUAGCGAAGCUAUUGCUGUUCCAUUUGGAGUCGCAUAGCCGCGGAGCCGCGUUUGCGGCUCGGACGACCGGCCGGGAGAAUCCCGAUUAUCAGUAG